UGUGUGUGAUCUCAUGGAGUUAUACGCUCACUUGUAACUUGGAGCGAGCACAGCAUUGGAUUAUUAGUGUCCCUCCAAGCGGAAUAUUCCAUAGGACCUUACUGCAAACACCGAGACGAUAAGUUUUUACCCGAACAUUGUAACAGAAACCAGCUCCGCACAUCUCAAGAAGGCACAGAAGGUGCCACCCUGACCCUCAGCAAAGCUGGCUCCCACCGUCAUGGUCACUCAGAGCAAAUUCCCGAGCAUGAGCCGGGCAUUGGACUCCAGCCUUCGGCUCAAGACCUUCUCCUCCCGAAGCGAGUACAACCUGGUGCUGAGCGCGGUGCACAAGCUGCAGGAGAGCGGAUUCUACUGGAGCACGGUGACGGGCACCCAGGCCAACCUGCUCCUCAGCUCCGAACCGGCGGGCACCUUCCUUAUCCGGGACAGUUCGGAUCACAGGCAUUUCUUCACCCUCAGUGUCAAAACCGAGUCUGGCACCAAGAACCUGCGCAUCCAGUGCGAGCCUUGGGGCUUCUCUUUGCAGACUGACCCACGCAGUUCGCAGCCGGUGCCACGCUUCGACUGCGUAUUGAAACUUCUCAGGCAUUACAUGGCCGCCAAGGACUCUGGCAGCGCCAAGCGGUCUUAUUACAUCUACUCCGGGGGUGAACGUGUCCCACUGCUGCUGUCUAGACCUCUGUCCUCAAGCGUCUCCUCCCUACAACAUCUCUGCCGUAAGGCUGUGAACGGGCAAGAAUACGGUGCCAGGGAGCAACUUCCGCUGCCCAUCAAGGACUUCCUGCAGGAGUACGACUCCCCUGUAUAAAGAGAUGGGGCGCUUCAUCCGUGAGGAAAGAGCACAAUGGCCGACGGUGGCCUCAGCGUCACUUUGAGCCAAAGACGCGUUACAUGAAGGAGGGUUGGCACUGACGCCAGCUGUACUGUGGAAAUAUCACCAAGUGCCUAGUAUGACGGACAGAGACACUCAGGCCAAGACCUGACGCCCAAGGAGAGACUGUCGAGACCCCCCCCCCAGCAUUGCUGACUAUACCCAAGUCCACGUGUUUACACUUCGUGCCGGGUGCAGGACCACGGAGACUGCAGGCUCGGCUCUGGUACCCAUCGCUGGCACAAGACCAGAGCCGAGCACCCGCCUUGCACUGAAUGUCCACCCCGGUUGAAUGGAAGAAAUAUUUAUUGUCACCAACGUAGCCUUAAUCUGCUGGGAGAGCGAGGGUUAACCGCGCACACUGCGGGGCAUUACACAGGCGGCCGUGUGAAGGGCACGUGAGCGGGCGCCCGGCAGGAGGAACUUUUAGAACAAAUUUCCAGCAAGUGACUUUACUCAAAACUUGACUCUUGUUUCGUACAAUGAAGAUGAUGGGGGUAGCAGUGCAGCGCAACGUCACGUGGAGACUGCGAGUGAGCGGUCUCCAUGGUGACCAUAUUGCACAGGAAAAGUUUGGACCAUAAAAACCCCGUCCUAGGGCAGAAUUUGCCAUCCUGACCUCAUUAAUGUUUACAUGGCGCCCCCUAAAGGCGCAGAUUAUCCAGGACAUUUGCACUUAUUUAUAUUUUACAGGAGGCUAAUAAUUUAUAAUAAACUACUAUGUUUUUUGAAACAAA